AUCCUCCAUCAACGGCGGCGGCCGAUAAGAGCUUUUUAUUUUUUUCAAAACUCACCUGGUCUCUCUUUACUUCUUCCUUCCCGUCGACAGCGAUGAUCGUGCAAGAAGAGCAAAGAAGCAAAAGGCUCCCGUUCUAGUAGCUCUCUGGUUCCUUAAUUUCUCAAAAAAGUAACCUUUCAUAGAAAAUGAACAUUGGGAUUCACAACGGAUGGAGAGCUUCCGUCACUUCAGAAGACCCAAGAAGAAGAAAGCUCCUAGAUUUGCUCGGAUCCUACCCUAACGCUAUCCCCAGGGAGAGGAUCCUUUUGGGUAGUCAUGUACGCAGAGCAAUGGUAAUUUCGAGUUCAAAGCAAGCGAAUCUCUCUGCUUCGAGGAAACAGAGAAUUCAGCUACAGAGUAAUAGAGAAAAAAAGGAGCUUACUUUCACUGAGUUCCUUAAACACCCUUCUGGGAUGGAGGCUGUGAUCAACGCUAAGGCUUUGCAGAGUUAUCAGUUAGUUGAUGAUGAUGAAAAUACUUACAGAUGUACAUUGCCAACAAUCCAGUUAAUGAGCUUUGAAGUUUCUCCAGUACUGGUUUUGAGGGUCAUUCCCACACAGGAAGAUUGUACAGUCGAGCUACUUUCCUGCAAGUUGGAGGGAUCAGAGUUAUUGGAGAGCCAAAGUGAAAGGUUUUCAGCGAUUAUGACAAAUUGUAUGACUUGGAACAUGGAAGAUCCCGAGCCAUUUUUGGAGGUUGAUGUGAGCUUGAAAGUCACUCUUGAGAUCUCAACACGACCAUUCACUAUGCUUCCAGUAUCAGCUGUUGAGGCUCCUGGGAAUCUAGUGAUGCAGACACUUGUAGAUACAUUAGUACCCCUUCUGCUUCAGCAAUUACUCAAAGAUUACGACGAGUGGAUUCAAAAGCAGCAACAAAACUUCUUAAGCUAGUCUUGUGUACCAAUGUUGUAAACACAGCUUCUUGAUCUAUUUACCAGUGUAUUCAAAUCGAAGAUACGGGAUUAGUUGUUGUGUUUUAGCCAUUGACAUACGUGUUAAAAGUGCAGAGGUAAAGCUAUUACUGAUGAAGUAGAAACAUUCAUAAGGUCAAAAGAGAUUUGGUUCACUUGUAAA